AUCGAACCCUGGACCGCAGCACUCUAAGGCCGAUAUGCUAACCAGUCGUCUACCGAGCAGUGACAGAAAUAACAACUACCAAUUUACAAAGCUCUUAGCAUUUAUUGCCAACACCGUCCACAAUGGAAACACAACAAAAUGAAGCGAAUAGACUGUUUGGAUUCAAUUAAAACAUUUGCAUUUAAGUAUUAGAAUUUAGGUUGUAAAUGUAGCGCAGCGAAGAUCAUAGUCAGAGUUGCUUGCACUAUUAUUGUAAAAAUACAAUAGACCUCAUUGGCAACGGCUCUUUUAAAUAUUCCCGCACGUUUAGGUUGCUGUUGGAGCCUACAAGGAAAUCCGCGUUUACGAGCGGUAGGCGGACCUCAUUCAUUCAUUCAUUUACGCAAGUUGGGGGUGUAAAAAAAAGACAACCCAAGAUGUUUGUAGUUUCCGAGCUCUAUGACCACGCAGCUGUUCGUGACCCCACCUCCUGCUCUUCAUCCUCCUCCCCUCCUCCUCAGCGCCACACGGCUUGUUCUCCUAAAACAAGAAGUGCCCAAGCAACCGGGUCACUCUGGUUCCGAGCCAUCUUUCCUGUCCGAAAAGCUCGUGCGAUGCGAUUCGUUCGCGCGGGGCCCAAGAAGAAGGAACAAGUCGAUCGGAGAUGAUGGAUUACUCUAAGGGCCAAAUGUCCAGCUUAUCUGAGGAGGGCAGCUCCACAAGAUGCCCCCAGCCCAGUCCUGCCGGCCUGAAGCUGGAGGCGUUGAUGGAGCACCUCCAGAGACAGCAAGUAGCCAAACAGGACAUGAACCUUCAAGAGAAACACCUCCUUCAAGCUCAGCUCCUCUUUGCCCAACACGCUGCUACUACUGCGAGGGCAGAGCCGGGCUCCAGGCCAGAACUAUUCGGCAAAGCGGAUGGACUCACUCAGCAUGCUAUGAACAGCCAUCUAAGCCGAGUUAAUACGGGGGAAGAGCAGGAGGAUGAUGAUGAUGAUGAUGAUGAUGGUGAGGAUGGCGACGAUGCCCUCGCUGAUGAGGAGGAAAUGGGGGCGGAUACGGAGGACAGUGAGUCUCAUAAGGAAGCCAAGAAGCUCAGACUGCAGCAGGUUAUGGGCCCUCCUUUCAACUCUUGCCCCGGGCUUCAACCAGCAGCCGGCAAGUCGUCUCCUCCUCCUCUGCCUCCUGUUGCCAUAAAACAGGAACAGGAAGAGAAGGAGGUGUUGUCUCCUGUUGGUGCACCUGCCUUCAACGGCUUCACGGACUGGGCCUACGACGAGCCUCUGAAACAAAGAGCUCCCAUCUGGGCUGAGGAGAACGAAGGAGGAAGAGGCAGAGCAGAACCAUCCAGGGACUUUGCAAAGCUUUACGAACUGGACAACGACCCCCAGCGCAAGGAAUUUCUUGAUGAUCUGUUUGUCUUCAUGCAAAAACGAGGGACGCCUGUGAACCGCAUCCCCAUUAUGGCCAAACAAGUGCUGGACCUGUACAAACUUUAUAAGCUUGUGACAGAGAAGGGAGGCCUGGUGGAGGUCAUCAACAAGAAGAUUUGGAGGGAGAUCACCAGAGGUCUCAACCUCCCGACGUCCAUUACCAGCGCGGCUUUCACUCUGCGCACGCAGUACAUGAAGUACCUGUAUCCUUUUGAGUGUGAAAAGAAGGGUCUGAGUUCUCCAGGGGAGCUCCAGGCGGCCAUCGACAGUAACCGUAGAGAAGGUCGACGUCCUAGCUACACCAACAGCCUGUAUCGCUAUUCGCCCUCUCCAAACUCUGCUCCGCACAACCUCCUCUCAUCGCCCACGAUGCAGACCUCCACCUCUGGACACAACACUUCCAGCCAGUCAAUCAGCCCAAAUGUGAAGAAAAUUCCAGAUGAGGCUUCAACUCCAGUGAUUCCCAGCCGGCUGCCCAUGGCACUGGCACUCGGGCAGCAGCAGCAGCAGCCGCCGCAGCAGCAACAACAUCAUCAACAGCAGCAGUUGGCUCAAGCAGCCACUCUGGAGCAUCUACGUGAGAGGCUGGAGCGUGGCGUAGGGGGCGCUCUUGCUGAUGGGCCAGAGAAGAAAAUGAUGCGUCUGGCAGAGGAGCAGCAGCGCCUCAUGCAGCAGGCGAUCCAGCAAAACCUCCUGGCGAUGGCCUCCCACUUCAAUCCCCUGAAUUUCAAGCUCAACAAUGGUCAUGAGAGCAAACAGGAUUUGUCCCUGAGCAUCUCCACCAAUGGAGCGGCUAGUAUUAGUGUUUCUGUGGAAGUCAAUGGCACCCUGUACUCCGGAACCCUGUUUGCUCAGAAGUCCGGCCCGCCAGUGGUUUCGCAGGCUGUCACUCCAGCCGGGACGAGCGGUUUCGGUGCCUUCUCCUCCUCUCACAGCCCCUCAUCUUCAUCCUCCACCUCCUCAAAGGGACCAAAUUAAAGAUCAGUUGUUCUUGUUUUGUUUUUUGUUUUU